GUAAUAGAGCUGGGGGAGGGAGAGGAGUACAGCCGGCGACUAUUUUGAGCACAGCUCCGAUUGACAGGACACGUGUGCUGGACUGUACUGAUCCCAGGGCCAAGUUGCCCGCCUGUGGUGUGUGGUGUGGGGGGGAAGGCCUGGCGCAGCAGGCGCAGGACAGCCAGACAGACAGGCCGGACGGGGUACCAGCACCCCUACUCCUCUCCCUGGGACCCUGUCCACACUCCGAGGGCCAUAGGCCAACCUGAGCGAUGGGUGCUGAGAAGGAGGUGCUGGUCACACUGUCAGGGGGAGCCCCCUGGGGCUUCCGACUGCAAGGGGGGGCCGAGCAGAGGAAGCCCUUACAGGUGUCCAAGAUCCGGAGACGGAGCCAGGCUGGCAGAGCAGGACUCCGAGAGAGGGACCAGCUUUUGGCCAUCAAUGGGGUCUCCUGCGCCAGCCUCUCCCAUGCCAGUGCCAUGAGCCUCAUCGAUGCCUCAGGGACUCAGCUUGUCCUCACUGUGCAGAGGGUAGAGGAUGAAGGGCCUGUGCGGUCUCCAUCUCCUGGUGAGCUUCAGGUGCUGUCACCUUUGUCUCCAAUGAGUCCUGAGCCCCCUGGUGCUCCAGUUCCCCAGCCUCUUCAGCCCGGGAGCCUCCUCUCACCCCCGGAUAGUGAGGCCUACUAUGGAGAAACAGACAGUGAUGCCGAUGGCGCUGCCACCCAGGAGAAGCCCCGCCGCCCCCGCCGCCGAGGCCCCACGAGGCCCACCCCUCCGGGAGCCCCACCUGACGAGGUCUACCUGUCGGACAGCCCUGCGGAGCCGGCACCCGCUACCUCUGGCCCUUCCAACCAGGGUGACAGCCGUGUGAGCUCGCCAUCUUCGGAGAGUGGGGCAACCCUUAAGCCUUCCCCAGGCGAGGCCCUGCUGUUGCCCCAUGGUACCCUCCGGCCCGGCCCUCAUCUCAUCCCUAUGGUGGGGCCUGUUUCCCACCCGGUGGCGGAAGAUCUUACUACAACCUACGCCCAGAAGGCCAAGCAAGCCAAGCUGCAGCGGGCGGAGAGCCUCCAGGAGAAGAGCGUGAAGGAGGCCAAGACCAAAUGCCGGACGAUCGCGUCCCUGCUGACCGCGGCCCCCAACCCCCACUCCAAGGGGGUGCUCAUGUUUAAGAAGAGGCGGCAGAGGGCCAAGAAGUACACCUUGGUGAGCUUCGGGUCUGCGGCGGGGACCGGCGCCCAGGAGGAGGAGGAGGAGGAGGACGGAGUCCCGCCCACGAGCGAAUCCGAGCUGGACGAGGAGGCCUUCUCCGACGCCCGCAGCCUCACCAACCAGUCCGACUGGGACAGCCCCUACCUGGACAUGGAGCUGGCCAGGCCGGGCCCGGACCCGGGGCCGGGGGGGCAGCUGAGCGAGGCGGCGGGGAGAGGGGUCCGGCUCUUCGAGCAGCAGCGCCAGCGCGCGGCCUCCAGCGCCCGGGAGCCGGCGGGGGACGGGCCCGCGGCCGCGCUCAACGGGGGGACCCCCCAGUCCCCCCCAAGAGCCCCCCAGUCUCCCCCAAGGGCCCAGAGCGCUCCCCCCGAGGCGGCCGGGCUCCCCCAGUCCGGGCUCCCCCCGUCGCCAGGCCCCUUCGCGGGCCCUAGACCCUUCCCCGCAGGCGGCGGAGCCCCGGCCCCAUCGCCCAGCAUCUUCAACCGCUCAGCCCGGCCCUUCACCCCGGGCUUUCAGGCGCAGCGGCCGGGCACCUCCUCCGUUAUCUUCCGGCCCGUGGCCCCCAAGAGGGCGAGUGAAAGCCUGGGCGGCCUCAGCCCCGCUCCCCCGCCUUUCCUGGCCUCCCCUCCGGGGCCCGCCCCGCUGCCCAGCUUCACCCCGGGGGUCCCCAGCUUCACCCCAGGGGUUCCCAGCUUCACCCCGGGGGUUCCCAGCCACCUGCCGGCCUCCAGCUCCCCCGGCGCCCCCCGCUCUGCGGGCCCCGUGACGGCCACCAGCUCCCUGUACAUCCCGGCCCCCAAUCGUCCCGUUACGCCAGGCGGCACCCCCGAGCCCCCCGCCCCCUCUGGCGCCGCGGCCAUGACCUCCACCGCUUCCAUCUUCCUAUCGGCGCCUCUGCGACCCGGCCCCGCCGCCCCCGGCCCCGCCGCCCCAGGGCCCCCCGCCCCUGGCCCCGCCGCCCCCGAGCCCCCCAGCGCCCGGGAGCAGCGCAUCUCGGUGCCGGCCGCACGCACCGGCAUCCUCCAGGAGGCCCGGCGCCGGGGCACUCGGAAGCAGAUGUUCCGGCCGGGGAACGAGGAGACGAAGAACUCGCCCAACCCCGAGCUGCUGUCGCUGGUGCAGAACCUGGACGAGAAGCCCCGGGCCGGGGGCGCGGAGUCCGGCCCCGAGGAGGAUGCGCUGAGCCUGGGCGCCGAAGCCUGCAACUUCAUGCAGCCGCCAGGGGGCAGGAGCUACAAGACCCCGCCGCACGGGACGCCCAAGACCCCGCCCCCGGUGGCCCCCAAGACCCCGCCCCCCGUGGCUCCUAAGACCCCGCCCCCCGUGGCUCCUAAGACUCCGCCCCCCGUGGCUCCUAAGCCCUCCUCUCGGGGGUUCCCCGAAGGGCUAGUGAAUGGGGCAGCAGCCCCUCCCGCUGGGAUCCCCGAGCCGCCGAGGCUCCAGGGCAGGGGUGGGGAGCUGUUUGCCAAGCGGCAGAGCCGAGCGGACCGGUACGUGGUAGAGGCCACGCCUAGUCCCGGCCUUGGCCUUGGCCCUCGGCCCCGGAGCCCUUCUCCCACUCCCUCGCUGCCCCCUUCCUGGAAAUACUCACCCAACAUCCGCGCCCCGCCUCCCAUUGCUUACAACCCGCUGCUCUCCCCCUACUUCCCGCAGGCCGCCCGAACUCUCCCCAGUAAGGCCCAGUCCCAGGGGCCGCGAGCAACCCCCAAGCAGGGCAUCAAGGCUCUGGAUUUCAUGCGGCACCAGCCCUACCAACUGAAAACUGCCAUGUUCUGUUUUGACGAGGCUCCCCAGACUCCGGGUCCCACCUCCUCAGGACCCCCCAAAACUGCCCGAGUCCAGGAGGUCCGCCGGUUUUCCACUCCAGCACCCCAACCCACCGCAGAACCCCUGGCUCCCACGGUGCUGGCCCCCAGAGCAGCCACUACACUGGACGAGCCCAUCUGGAGGGCGGAGCUGGCCUCAGUCCCUGUCCUUAGCCCAGCCCCUCCUCCUCCAGAGUCUCCCAGGGGUCUUGGGACCUCACCCAGCUCCUGUGGCUUCCAGGUAGCCAGACCCCGGUUUUCGGCCACCAAAACGGGAUUGCAGGCUCAGGUGUGGAGGCCUGGUGCAGGCCACCACUGAGCAGGCACAGCUCCCAGGACCAAGGAGAGUUGCUUCUCCCGUUCCUAGAGUUGCUUCUCCUACCCAAUCCACUCCCUCUCCCCGGCAUUUGGAGGUUAAAUUCCCUCCUGCCAGAGAUAGUUUUGGAGUUGGUAUCCCAUCCCCAUUUCCUCCUGGCUCCCAACCUCCCUUCCGCUUUCCAAGCUAAUAGUUCUGCUUUGGUAUUUGUGCUUCUCUUUGUCUUUGUAGUUUCUUGCUUGGAUCUCUGUCUUUACCUCUAGGUCACUCCACCCAUGUUCCCUCACUGGUCCGUAUUCCUCUACUUUUGUUCUUUUCUCUGUGAACUUCAUAACAUUCAAUAAGAAGCACACAGAGAAGCUACCUACCACUGAGCACUCUGCAAGAAUCUCACCACCAGGCAGGCAGCAGUGAAAUGGAAUUGAUCCUUGUUGGCGCUAAGUUACUCUCUACUGCUCACCUUUUCCAAACGUGGCUGGCAUAUACCUCGGCAUGUAUGUACGUGUGUACCCAUAUGCAAGUGCACAGAUGUGCUCUUCUGUCUGAGGCAAGAGUAAGAGGACAGGUCUAAAUAAAGACCUGAUGUGGGUCUCACCCUUGCACUGAUGAAAAAAGGGUGAGAUGACCCCACAUAGGUGAUCUAGGGGAGAAAGAGAUUCACUACGUGAAAGGCUAGCAUCUGUAAUUGGUACACAGCAUCUUGUGAAAUGUAUGGAGUAUGGGGAGACUAGAAGGGCCAAGGCAGUGUGUAUGGGCUGCAUGACACUAGUUAGAUCAGGAAUGGAACUAAAAAUUCUGUUCCUCAGGAUUUGAGACAGUUAGCAAUUUGACAGGCCCAUGCUGAGCAGCAAGCAUCCAGGAAGUGAACAAAAAGGAAAUUUUCCUCUGAGAGUGAACAAAUCAUUGGCUUCACUUCCUCUAAGCGUAGGACAGACAGAAAAGCGUCAUGGUGUGGAAAAUGAGGCAGAACCAGGAGCAGAGCAGACAUUAAUGAAACCGACUAAGCCACAAAGAGGAGCAUGGUGGAGAGUGAGAAUGCAGUGUUGGCAGCCAGUAAAGUUAAGUAUCAAGAAACCAACUGUGUAUAAGGGAAGGAUUGGGGGGGGGGGGGGUUGUGAUGGAGAAGAAUGCUUUUGUUAGAGUGAAGUGGAUGAUGGUGGGGGGAUGUCAGAGUAUAUACUAAGUGCUGAAAAAACAGUUGGUAUCUGUGCUACCUCCUUUGAGUCUGUCCCUCUGUCUUUUGCAGCUGGUCCUAACUACCUGGGAAAGGGCUAGGAAACACCCAGAGCCAACCCCCUUUUCAGUCCUACCCUACCUCUCAGACCCUAGCUCCUGUUCCUUUCCAGCUUCAGCUCCUGAUCUCUGAUCCUAGAGGAGUGUAGACUCCCCUGUCACCAUGACUACCAAGGGUCACGUUUGCUGCUUGAUCUGGAAAUGGAUCGUUUCUUUUGUAUACUGGGUGUGAGUCACAGUACUUUUGUUUGUGCACAAAAAUAAACGUAUACCCCAC